CAGAUCUGCUAUUGUUUCGUUAAUAUAUGCACGUUUCCCUAUACAUUUUUAUAUUUGGCAGAUGGGUGAAAACCAUCUCUCUGAGUGGAGGUUCCCUUCGUCCAGCUGGUAAAGAUGCAGGAAAAAGUCUAUGGCCACGAAGUGGCAGGCUUGAAGAUAAUCCUUUCUACAGUAAUAUUGACUCCAUGCCAGACAUUAGACCCAGGAAAAAAUCAAUACCUUUAGUUAGUGAGCUAGUGCUCAAGACCAUGGCAGCAACGAAGAGAAAUGCUGGCUUGACAUCUGUAGUACCUCGGCAGUCCUUAAAUGAUGAGGAAUUGAAAAUGCAUGUAUACAAAAAGACACUGCAAGCAUUGUUGUACCCCAUCUCCAGCACUACCCCUCACAACUUCCAACCUUGGACAGCCACCUCACCAACCUAUUGUUAUGAAUGUGAAGGUCUACUCUGGGGAAUAGCUAGACAGGGUGUUCGUUGUACAGAAUGUGGAGUCAAGUGUCAUGAGAAGUGUAAGGACUUGUUAAAUGCAGACUGCUUACAGA